AUGUAUUUACGGCGUCGAGAUGCUGUUGUGUGUGAUAGUAGCAUCACCUUCCAGAAUGGGAAGGUUCUAGAAAUCUCUUUUCGUUUUCUCGCUCAUCCCCAAUACGACGUCCUUGUUCAACUGCUCUACAACUUUGAUGGAUGCGUUGGAGUGGAGAACACCGACAUCCUAGUUGACAAUUUGUCAGAGAACAAUUUUUAUGCCCUAUCAGACAGAAUUCAUCAUUCCGAAUAUUUUAUUCAACACGUUGAAAUGAAUGCCGACGACACCUACUUUGUGGUGUUUCGUCCUCGAAUCAACUGA